AUGGGGAACUGUAAUUCAGCUGAUGAACAGCUUGCCUACCUCGCUUGGCAGGAUGCCCUGCCCCGUAUGGGACUCUGUGUUUCUGAAGAUGCCAUGCGUGCCUUAUUUCAGUGGAUAAAAGAGCAGGGUUUUGCUGUGACUAUGGAUAAUGCCUUUGAUCUUGAGGUUUGGCUGUCGGUAGGAGACCGUCUAUGGUCUGAACUGACUGAUGGGGAUACCAGUGUGAGCAGCCUGGCAGUCACCUGGGGGGCGCUUUUUAAGGCGCUGGAACGGAGCCAGUCUGAGGACAGUGAGGCCGGGGUGGAAGAUGAGACUGUGGAUGAGUGGCGUAGCGCUUCCUCGGAGCGGCCCGGGUCCCCGGAAGAUUUGGGCCGCGGGCGGAGGCGGGCUGCGCGCCAGAAACCCCCCCCCCCAGGACCGCCGCUGCGGGCUCUGCCGCCAGCGGCGGCGGGUGCUUCUCCCGCCCCCCCACUGCCUUCGGCGGGGCCUGUGCCGGGGCUGGCGCCGCCCCUUCCCCGAGCCCGGUGCGGCUGUUCUGCUGUUGUACCUGCUUUGGCCUCCGAGCGAAGAUCUGCACCGCCUGACGUGGCCGGCCCGUCCACCUCUUCUGGUGCCCGCAACGACCCGGCAGCGAGCCCGCCCUGGGGCCAUGUCGGCCCAUCCCCACCCUGUCCGGUGACCGCGUCUCCGAUGCAUCGGGGGCAUUUUUGGGACGUGGUGAAACAGCAAGCUUUGGAAGUGGGGGAUUGGGAGUUGCUCGAGAGGCUGGGGACACCCGGGACCGGGAUUUUUAACACCGUAGGGGCUGGAGCGGGGGAGACGGCGGGAGGACUGGAAACCGCUUCGGCUCCUGAUGACUGGGUCCGGCUGGGAUGGGACGUCCAAGGGGCGCCUCAAGGGGCAGCCCAAGCCUUCCCUGUGUUUAAGGCCACCCCGAAUACGGGACAGGCCGACAAGCAUAAUGUGAUAGCAUGGAGAGUGGUGCAGGAUAUACAGAGUAAGGUGGCACAAUACGGGCUCGGAUCUCCCGAGGUUAUGCAGAUUAUUAGGGUGUUAGACACUGAUGUGCUUGCUCCGUUUGAUAUUAGGCACCUGGCCCAAGUCUUGUUCCAGCCUGUGCAGUUUAAAGUUUUUGAAGACAAUUGGAGGCAGAUGGCUCAAAGGGCUGCAGACGGGAAUGCGCGUCUGCCUGCACACGAUCCCAGACAGGGGGUCAGAGUAGAGGCCCUUAUGGGUAUUGGUGACUUUUCCAAUCCUGACCUCCAGGCCCGUUGGGACAUCAGAGUCCUUGAGCAAGGGCAGAAGAUUGGUAUGGGAGCAUUGCUAAAAACUAUAGAAGCGGCUGCUCCCAGGGCACGAUAUGUAACGAUUACUCAGGGUCUAAAGGAACCUUUCUUACCCUUUGUUGAAAAAAUUGCUGCAGCCUUGGAGAAGCAGGUUGAAGAUGAUAACCUGAGACAGCUCUUGUGUAAACAGCUGGCAAGGGAUAAUGCUAAUGAAGACUGUAGGAAGAUCAUAGAAGCUCUUCCAGGGGACCCCUCAAUACCAGAAAUGGUCCGAGCCUGUGCCAAGGUGGGCUCUGUGGGGCACAAAAUGUCUGCUCUGGCAGCAGCUCUAGCAUCAAAACAACCAGGCUGCCAGGGUGGUUCCAGGAAGCAAAAGAAUGCUCAGGGCAAGGCUCGGCAGGUGCAGCAGAAUAACAAAGGGAAAGGGAAGUUCUUGUGUGCUAGAUGUCACAAGCCAGGUCAUUUUGCUGAUCAAUGUAGAUCUAGGUAUCAUGCCAAUGCGUCCUCAAAUGACGUGCACCCUGAGUCUGCCGACUGCCAGCCCACCACAAAUUCAGCUUCGAGGUCUCAUCGACACCGGGGCAGAUGUGACGAUCGUCUCCUUCUCUGCGUGGCCUCCGUCCUGGCCCUUGACUCCUAUGGGUUCGGCCAUUGA